AUGUCCCUCAAAUCCCUCACUCUCUGGACUCUCCAGGGCCACGCCGGCAGCCCCAACCCCUGGAAGGUCCUCAUGAUCCUGGAAGAGCUCCAGCUCCCCUACGAGCUUCAGUCGGUCGAUUUCAACGACCUAAAGAAGGAGCCCUACGAAUCUAUCAAUCCCAACGGUCGUGUCCCCGCCCUCGAGGAUCCAAACACCGGUAUCCGCAUCUGGGAAUCUGGUGCCAUCCUCGAGUACCUGGUAGACACAUACGACAAGCAACACACCAUCAGCUUCGCCGCCGGCUCGAAGGAGUAUUACGAGAGCAAGCAGUGGCUCCACUACCAGACGUCCGGCCAGGGACCGUACUUUGGGCAGGCCGCCUGGUUCACGGUCUACCACCCCGAGAAAGUACCCAGUGCGGUGGAGCGCUAUGUUAACGAGAUCCGUCGUGUCUCGGGUGUGCUUGAUCGAUCGCUCCAGGGUAAGGAGUACCUCAUUGGUGACAAGUACAGCUAUGUGGAUGCUGCUUUUGUGCCAUGGUUCGAGGUGGCUGCGCUCUUCUGGUCGGAAGAGAUGGAUCUUGAGAAGAGUUUCCCGAACGUUCAUUCCUGGUUGGACCGUAUCAAGGCUCGUCCGGCUAUUGCUAAGACUAUUGAUGAUAAGGCUAAGGCUGCGGCUGCGGCUGCGGCUGCGGAGGGGAAAUAA